ACAGAUGCCAAGAGCUGCCAGGGCCAUCAGCUUCCAGCCAAUCCAUCACCAGCAAAACAACAUGGCGGCGCUUAUUCCAGACCACAUCGUUCCUCGGCUGCGCCAAACCUUCUCCACGACGGCGCUUUGCUCAACGACGAGACGCAGUUUUAG